AUGGGCGGAACGGCUCCCUUCGGUGCAGCAUCUCUUAAAGAGAAGCGAGAGGGCCACGAGGAGAUGGUCAAACAGAAGGAUCUGGGCGACGGAGUCUAUUCCUGCGAAUACUAUCCCAAUCAGCCGGGGACCUACACUGUCUCCAUCACAUGGGGUGGACAACACAUCCCCAACAGCCCAUUUGAGGUGAAAGUUGGUUCUGUGGCGGGUCCCCAGAAGGUUCGGGCCUGGGGCCCUGGUCUGGAGGGGGGUGUGGCUGGACAGUCAGCUGAUUUCGUGGUGGAAGCCAUUGGCACAGACGUGGGCACUCUGGGUUUCUCUGUGGAGGGGCCCUCGCAGGCGAAGAUUGAGUGUGAUGAUAAAGGUGAUGGAUCGUGUGACGUGCGGUACUGGCCCACAGAGGCGGGAGAGUAUGCUGUGCACGUGCUGUGUAACAACGACGACAUCAAAUACAGCCCCUUCAUGGCCGAUAUCAAACCUGCACCCGCCAACUUCAAACCCGACAAGGUACGAGCCUACGGUCCUGGUCUAGAGAGCACAGGGACAGUCAUUAACAAACUCGCUGAGUUCACGGUUGAUGCCAAACAGGGUGGGAAUGCCGACCUGAAGGUGUACGGUCAGGACACUGAGGGGUUACCUAUCGAUGUGAAGGUGAAGGAUAAUAAAGAUGGGACAUAUUCCUGCUCCUACUCCCCAAAGAAACCGCUCAAACACACUGUGAUGGUCUCCUGGGGAGGGGUCAACAUUCCCAAGAGCCCCUUCCGGGUCAAUGUCGGAGCGGGCAGUCACCCAGAGAAGGUCAAAGUUCACGGGCCAGGAGUGGCCAAGACUGGGCUCAAGGCCUUUGAACCAACGUACUUCACAGUGGACUGUGCAGAGGCUGGGCAAGGUGAUGUGAGUAUUGGGAUAAAGUGUGCCCCUGGGGUUGUGGGACCUGCUGAGGCAGAUAUUGAUUUUGACAUUAUCCGUAACGACAAUGACACAUUCACAGUGAAGUAUACCCCCCCGGGAGCUGGUCACUACACCAUCAUGGUCCUGUUCGCUGACCAGGCAAUUCCAAUGAGCCCCCUGAGGGUAAAGGUCGAUCCUGCACACGAUGCCAGCAAAGUAAAGGUGGAUGGACCUGGGGUCAGCCGCAAUGGGGUAGAGAUGGGGAAGCCCACCCACUUCACGAUUCAUACAAAAGGAGCUGGAAAGGCCAAGGCCAAUGUGCAGUUCACGGGGCCGACUAAAGCUGAGGCAGUGCGUGACUUUGACAUCCUCGAUAACCAUGAUGACACCUACACUGUCCGAUACACGCCUGUACAGCAGGGCACCCUGGGAGUCGGCGUGACAUAUGGAGGUGACAAUAUCCCCAAAAGCCCCUUCAAUGUUGGGGUCUCUCCAACUCUGGACAUGAACAAGAUCAAGGUUAAUGGCCUCAGCGACAAGGUCGAGGUGGGAACUGACCAGGAGUUCACAGUGAAGUCCAAAGGUGCAGGUGGACAAGGCAAAGUGAACGCCAAGAUCACAGGACCAGCAAAUAAGUCUGUGCCCUGCAAGGUGGAGCCAGGUCUCAGCCCUGACAACAGCAUCGUCAAGUUUAUCCCAAGGGACGAGGGAACCUACCAGGUGGAUCUGACCUACGAUGGCAUCCCAGUGCCAGGCAGCCCCUUCCCACUGGAGGCAGUCGCUCCCUCCAACCCAUCCAAGGUGAAAGCAUAUGGGCCAGGCCUGAGAGGGGGAGUUGUGGGGUCUCCGGCCCCCUUCACCAUUGAUACCAAAGGUGCGGGGACGGGAGGACUUGGCCUGACUGUGGAGGGUCCUUGUGAAGCGAAGAUCGAGUGCUUGGACAAUGGCGAUGGUACAUGCUCGGUGUCGUAUCUGCCCACUGAGCCUGGUGACUAUCUGAUCAACAUCCUGUUCGCUGGCUCACACAUCCCCAGCUCACCCUUCAAGGCCAGCAUCAAAGCCUCCUUCGACCCGUCUAAAGUGAAGGCCUGGGGCCCGGGCCUGGAGCGAGGCCGGGUCGGAGAAUCCGGAGAUUUUGUCGUGGACUGUGCAGGCGCCGGCCUUGGGGAACUCAACAUUGAGAUCACUUCGGAGUCGGGAGCCCCAGCAGAGGUUCUGAUCCAGGAUAAUGGAGAUGGCACCUACACCAUCACUUACAUCCCAUUGUAUCCAGGCACCUACACCAUCACCAUCAACUACGGGGGACAACCUGUGCCAAACUUCCCCGCCAAGCUUCAGGUCGAACCAGCUGUUGAUACGUCUGCCAUCAAAGUCUACGGCCCUGGGGUCGAGUCCCGAGGUGUUUUCCGAGAGGCCACUACGGAUUUCAAUGUUGAUGCUCGGAGUGUGACAAAGACGGGUGGAAACCACGUUAAAGCCCGUAUUACUAACCCCUCAGGCACUCACACUGACGCCGUGAUCCAGGAUAAAGGAGAUGGCACCUACAAAGUCGAGUACACCCCGUUUGAGGAAGGGGUACACACCAUCGAUGUGGUCUACGAUGAGGCUCCCGUUCCGAGCAGUCCAUUCCGGGUGCCGGUCACUGAGGGCUGUGAUCCAAGCCGGGUUCGGGCCUACGGGCCAGGCCUCGAUGGAGGAAUUAGCAACCGCCCCAACAAAUUCACUGUGGAGACUAGGAAUGCGGGAACAGGAGGCCUGGGCCUAGCUGUGGAGGGACCCUCCGAGGCCAAGAUCACCUGCAAGGACAACAAAGAUGGCAGCUGCUCAGUGGAGUAUGUGCCCUACGAAGCUGGCACUUACGAUGUGGUCAUCACCUACGGGGGCCAACAAAUCCCAGGAAGCCCGUUCAAAGUUCCAGUGACCGACACAGUGGAUCCCACGAAGGUGAAGUGCCUGGGGCCUGGUUUGGGGAACAACGUCCGUGCUAAUGUCCCACAGUGCUUCACGGUGGACGCCAGCAAGGCCGGAGCGGCCCCGCUGAAUGUCAGCGUGGUGGGGCCUAAAGGAGUUGUGGAGCCCGUUGAAAUUAUUGACAACCUCGACCAAACCAAAACUGUGAACUACGUACCAACUCAUGAGGGACCAUACACUGUCUCAGUCCAAUAUGCUGACCAGCAAGUCCCACGCAGCUACCUGCAGGACCCUGAUGGCGUACCAAAGAAGGCGAACAUUCGGGAUAACCACGAUGGCACCUACACCAUCUCCUACGUGCCCGCCGUCACUGGCCGCUACACCAUCCUCAUCAAAUAUGGCGGCGACGAGAUCCCGUACUCCCCCUACCGCAUCAGGGCCUUGCCCACCGGAGAUGCCAGCAAGUGUACCGUGACCGUGUCAAUCGGAGGUCACGGGUUAGGCACUGGCAUGGGGCCGACCAUUCAGAUUGGCGAAGAGACCCUGAUCACGGUUGAUGCCAAGGCAGCAGGCAAGGGCAAGGUAACAUGCACCGUGUGUACGCCGGACGGUUCUGAGGCUGAUGUCGACGUGGUGGAGAAUGAGGAUGGAACCUUUGACAUCUUCUACACGGCUCCCCAGCCCGGAAAAUACGUCAUCUGUGUGCGCUUCGGGGGAGAGCACAUCCCUAACAGCCCCUUCCAGGUCACGGCGACGGAAGGAGAAGGAAUUACACCUCAACAGCUACAACAACAAAGGACAGCACCCAAUUACGGAUGGGCUCCAGAGCGGCCUCUCAGUGUGAAUGGUAUGGACACGGCUGACCUUCGACCAUUUGACCUGGUCAUUCCUUUCACCAUCAAGAAGGGCGAGAUCACAGGGGAGGUCCGAAUGCCAUCCAAGUUAACGGCCAAACCGGACAUUGUGGACAAUAAGGACGGAACUGUGACAGUGAAGUUUGCCCCCACUGAGAAAGGUCUGCACGAGAUGGACAUCAAAUGUGAUGGCAACCACAUCCCAGGGUGUCCUCUGCAGUUUUACGUGGAUGUAGUCAACAGCGGACAUGUCAAUGCCUACGGCCCAGGCCUCAUUCAUGGAGUGGUUAACAAGCCAGCUGUUUUCACCGUCGACACUAAAGAUGCUGGCGAGGGCGGUCUGGCCCUGGCAAUCGAAGGUCCUUCCAAGGCGGAUAUCAGCUGCACAGACAAUAAGGAUGGGACUUGCACCGUCUCCUACCUGCCCGUUCUACCCGGAGACUACAACAUCCUGGUCAAAUACAACGAUGAGCACAUUCCUGGCAGUCCCUUCGUCUCCAAGAUCACAGGCGACGACUCCAUGAGGAUGUCCCAGCUGAAGGUGGGCUCCUCGACCGACAUACCCCUGGACAUCAGCGAGACGGACCUCAGCCAGCUGGUUGCCACCGUGAUUGCUCCCUCUGGCCGGGAGGAGUCCUGCCUGCUGAAGAGGCUGCGUGGCGGGAAUAUUGGUAUAUCGUUUGUCCCGAAGGAGAUGGGUGAGCAUGUUGUCAACAUUAAGAAGAAUGGCCGCCACGUGGCCAACAGCCCCAUCACUGUCAUGAUCAACCAAUCAGAGGUGGGCGAUGCAAGCCGUGUGCGUGUGUCCGGACCAGGCCUCAAGGAAGCGCACACCUUUGAGCCAGCACACUUCACCAUCGACACACGGGAGGCCGGUUAUGGUGGUCUGGGACUCUCCAUCGAAGGGCCCAGUAAAGUGGACAUCAGCACUGAGGAGAUGGACAACGGUAAAUGCAGAGUAACAUACUGUCCCACUGAGCCCGGGAACUACAUCAUCAACAUCAAGUUUGCAGACUUGCACGUCCCAGGGAGCCCGUUUACGGUGAAGGUGACAGGUGAGGGUCGAGUGAAGGAGAGCAUCACUCGGAAGAGGCGAGCAGCGUCAGUGGCAAACGUUGGGAGUCAGUGUGAUCUGUGCUUCAAGAUUUCAGAAAUCAACGUGGGUGACAUGAAGGCGCAGGUGACGAGUCCCAGUGGGACUGUGCACGAUGCUGAGAUCAUGGAAGGCGAGAACAACACCUACAGCAUCCGCUUUGUGCCGACGGAGAUGGGUGUCCAUACGGUCAGCGUCAAGUACCGGGAGCAGCACGUGUCUGGGAGCCCCUUCCAGUUCACGGUUGGACCCCUAGGCGAAGGUGGGGCCCACAAAGUGAGGGCCGGGGGUCCCGGCCUGGAGAGAGCUGAGGCUGGAGAGCCAGCCGAGUUCAGUAUCUGGACCCGUGAGGCUGGUGCAGGGGGGCUGUCGAUUGCUGUUGAGGGUCCCAGCAAAGCGGAGAUUGCCUUUGAAGAUCGCAAGGACGGCUCGUGUGGAGUGUCCUACAUCGUCCAGGAGCCCGGUGACUACGAAGUGUCGAUCAAGUUUAAUGAGGAACACAUCCCAGACAGUCCAUUUAUUGUCCCUGUUGCCUCUCCCUCUGACGACAGCCGCCGUCUCACUGUUACGAGCCUUCAGGAGUCAGGGCUAAAGGUGAAUCAUCCAGCAUCCUUUGCAGUCAGCUUAAACGGUGCGAAGGGAGUGAUUGAUGCCAAGGUGCACAGUCCAUCAGGAGCCCUCGAAGAAUGCUGUGUCUCUGAGAUUGACGAAGAUAAAUAUGCUGUUCGCUUUAUCCCGAGGGAGAACGGGAUCUAUCUGAUUGAUGUGAAGUUUAAUGGCUCUCACAUUCCUGGAAGCCCCUUCAAGAUCCGGGUUGGAGAGCCAGGGCAAGCUGGUGACCCAGGGAUGGUCUCUGCAUCUGGUGCUGGUCUUGAGGGAGGACUCACUGGAGUUCCUGCAGAGUUUAUUGUGAACACUCAGAAUGCUGGACCCGGGGCCCUGAGCGUCACCAUCGAUGGGCCGUCCAAGGUUACGAUGAACUGUGUUGAGUGCCCUGAGGGUUACAAGGUGACCUACACCCCCAUGGCUCCUGGAAACUACCUGAUCUCCAUCAAAUACGGAGGCCCCUACCACAUUGUUGGCAGCCCCUUCAAAGUCAAAGUCACUGGCCAGCACUUGGUAAGCAGCCAUAGCCUCCAUGAGACCAGCUCGGUGCUGGUGGACAGUGCCUGCCGCACAGCUUCCAUCAGCCCCCAGGGUGCUGGGCCGAAGCCUGACUCCGACAGCAGCAAGGUCGUUGCCAAAGGCCUGGGCCUCAGCAAGGCCUAUGUUGGCCAGAAGAACUGCUUCACAGUGGACUGCAGCAAAGCUGGUUCCAACAUGCUCCUGGUUGGGGUGCAAGGCCCGAAGGUCCCUUGUGAGGAAGUUCUGGUUAAACACCUCGGAAGCAAACUCUACACUGUCUCCUACAUUCUAAAAGAAAAGGGCAAUUACAUUCUGGUUGUCAAAUGGGGAGAUCAUCACAUCCCAGGAAGCCCCUUUCAGAUUUCUGUCCCGUAAACCCACACUAAAUACCCCUUCACUCUCCCACUUACCCCAACCCCCUUGAACAAAGGAAGCAUCAGUUUGCUUCCCCCUCCCUGGGAGGGGGUGUGGGGGGUGGGUAGGUGGAGGGAGGGGUGUAAAAGUUUCACAAGAAAGAAAAGUUUUUUUUUUAAAAAGGCUUUCACACUCGUUUUCUGCCCCGUGCCCACUCAGUGAUUAGACCCUGAUCUGCUUUAACGAGUUUCUGUCGCUGCCCCCCAGAUUUUAACCCUGUGUUGCCCAAAUGCCCUCAGAUUCAGGAGUGAGGGGGGGCAGGAAGCGGGAGGGGCUGGGCUGGGGGAGAGUUAAUUCACACUCUUAAGUGAUCUCUCUCUUCACCCCCCCACCCUACCUCUCGCCAAGUUUACCUAUCCUCUAAACUUUCUCGGUGUCCAUCUACCUCCACACUUCUCUCAUCUUCCCCCCUCUCUCUCUCUUCCCCUCCCAUUCUCACUCACUCUCUUAUUCACUUUAUCAUCCUUUCUUUUCCUCUCUCUCAAAUUCUUUCUCUCUUUCACUCUCCUUUUUCCCUCGCUUUCUAUCUGUUUCUGUUUUUCUGUCUUUGUUUUUUGUCUUUCACUCUCUCUCUCUAGUUUUUUUCUGUCUGUGUUUGUUUUUCUUUCUCUCUGUUUCCCUCCGUCUCUCUAUCUGUGUUUUUUUCUCUCUCUCUUUCCCCUGUUACUCCCCACCUGCCAUCUCCCAGAAAUGAGGUGUCAGCACUCUGUGCAGUGUUGGGUAUUAUUAGGGUUUGGGAUGUGGUUUAAGAGCUGGCUAUCGAUAGUCGCUGUGCUGUUAACCGAGGGUGCACUUAGCUGUUGAGGACAAGUUCACUUGCGAGCACAUGUACCAUAACUGUGCCUUUCCUUCCUUCAUUCCUUCCUUCCUUCCUUCCCUCCAUUGAUCCCUCUUCUCCCUCUCUUGUGCACAAGACAGUAUUUGCAUUGCAAAUGAUGAAUAAAAAGAAACCUUGAUUCUAUAAA